GAUUGCGAUGCCCUCUGACUUUAUCUCCCUUUUCAGCGGGGACCUCGACCUGAAUUCUCCCAGAUCCUUGUACUCAAAAGGUUAAGACCCAAUGCAGUUAGCAGCUUGGUGAUGUCACACUGUCGGUGCUGUGUUGCUACAGGCUUUUCCUGUUGCCUCAGCACGGUUUUCCUAAGAAAAGGAGAAGCAAGAAAAGGAGGUCACUCGAAGAGCUGUCAUCAUCAGAUAGGCCUGAUUUCACUGAAGAGACGCAGACGCUCAAAAGACUUGUCCCCUGAUCUGUGUUGCUAUGGAGUCGCUGGCAGCCUUCAUGUAGGCUUGGCUGUAAACAUUUCAGGGUUGUUGUACAUGGUUUGCUGCAGGUGCCAGCCCCUUCAGUGUUUUUUUUUUUCCUUCUCUGCUUGGAAUGAUCUCCAAAUGUACUGACGAGGAUUCCACAUGACAAUACCACUAACCUGUUAAGCAAGUUGAAGUACAGAAAAGGGUCUGCGAGCACAGUAAACAAGACAGGGAGAGGGAGAGAGAAUCAGUGUAUGACCUUCUUCCUAGAGAGCUGCAGUUGCCUUCCUCCACUCAGCAGAACCCAAAAAUCAUGAGUCAAAAGAGCGGCGGAGAGGCAGGGCCUCCCCCUUCAGUUGCUGUAGCAUCAGAUGCCAUGUCCUCUUCUAUGACCAUGGAAGGCCCCCGCAGUGCUUUUUCCACCUCUUCCAGCUCCACAAAGCAUUCCAGUUCUUCAGCAAGUGACCAGAACCCAGUUCACAGUGGCAAUGUCGACCCAGAGGAUGCCAGGAAUUGCAGAACGGUACCAGAAGUUGUCGGAGCAGAGGGUGGGAAUGGUAACAGCAACAGUGGCGGCAACUGCAGGGGUACCAGUGAGCUUGGAGGAGGGAGAGGUGUAACGUCCCAGGAGGCCCAGGCACAUCACCAGAUGACCCCGUCAAAGCGCCGCACUGUACUGAACAUCUCUCCACCUCCACAAGACUUGUUUGAUGAUAGCCGUAUGUCCUGUCAAGAAGAAACAUCCCUGGACUCAGAGCAGAGCAACAACAUCUGGAUGGAUGACUCUCUCUCCAACUUCAGCAUCGUGAGCAGUGUCUCUUAUAAUGACAACACAGAGGUGCCACGAAAGUCCCGAAAACGUACCCCUCGCCAAAGACCUGGGCCUAAGUCUGUACCUGCAGAGGAGGCCAGCAUGGAUGUGUUUGAUGCAGACAGUGCCAAAGGCCCGCACUUUGUCCUGUCACAACUAGGCCCUGACAACAAGACCGGCCAAAAAGGAAGUUCUCAAGACGAUCCUCAGACAACUAAUCAGAAAGGAGGAACUCUGUCGAUGCAAUACCCGCAGAAGAGUGAGGGGAAGGAACUGAAGAUCCUGGUCCAGCCUGAGACUCAGCACCGAGCUCGCUAUCUGACUGAAGGCAGCAGAGGGUCAGUGAAGGACCGCACUCAGCAGGGCUUCCCUACUGUAAAGCUGGAAGGGGUGAAUGAUCCUGUGGUUUUGCAAGUGUUUGUGGGCAAUGAUACUGGACGUGUGAAGCCUCAUGGAUUUUACCAAGCUUGCAGGGUGACCGGCCGCAACACCACGACUUGCAAGGAGGUGGACAUUGAUGGCACAACUGUCAUUGAAGUGUCUCUAGAUCCAAGCACCAACAUGACACUAGCGGUGGACUGUGUUGGGAUCUUGAAGCUCCGUAACGCUGAUGUCGAGGCUCGCAUUGGUGUGGCUGGGUCGAAGAAGAAGAGCACACGUGCUCGGCUGGUGUUUCGGGUCAACAUCCCCCGUCCAGAUGGUUCAGUGCUGACACUUCAAACUCCAUCAUCUCCAAUCCUGUGUACCCAGCCUGCAGGGGUGCCUGAAAUCCUGAAGAAAUCACUACACAGUUGCUCAGUGAGGGGUGGAGAAGAAGUCUUUAUCAUUGGCAAGAACUUCCUCAAAGACACCAAAGUCAUAUUUCACGAGAAUGUCUCUGAUGAGAAAUCGUGGAAGGCAGAGGCUGACAUUGACAUGGAGCUGUUUCACCAGAAUCACUUGAUAGUGAAGGUUCCUCCGUACCAGAACCAAACCAUCACCUCUGCAGUGUGUGUGGGAGUCUACGUGGUGACCAAUGCAGGGAGAUCUCAUGACGUUCAGCCUUUUACCUACACUCCAGAUUCAGCAAAGAAUGAUGUUUCCGUGAAGAAAGAGGCGCCCUCUCCAGUGAAGACUUGUUCUUUUGAUGAACAAAUUAAAGUUCUAGAUAGUGCCUUGAUGCCUUCGAUGUUGCCUCUAGUAAAACGAGAAGAAGUCACUCCGAUGGAGGUAACCAGCAACCUCCAGUCCUCUGGAGUAUUUAAGACUGGUGACCUGUGCCCAGCCCAACAGAACCCAGACAUGGCUGCAGGCCAUCUAAAUAAGAACAGACCAUUCUCCAACAACCUGUCUCAGCCUGCAGGUGACCCUGACAAAGGCCAGACUCCUGUUUUUACCAAUACAGAGCCCUUAAGCACUAUCCAGAAGCAGGACAUUGCUGCCACCAGCUCCUACUCUGUGCCAGCAGACUCCCUGCUCCAGCAAGGCUCACAGCAGUUCCUCCUGGAGCCAAGAGAGGGCCUUGGCCAGGAGAGGCCAGGCAGUGGCUCUGGAUCUGUGGGAAGGUUGUGUGGUGAACCUGCACCUCAACAGCAGCAGCUACCCAUGUUCCCCCCAGACGAAGUGGCCCAGUUGGAGGAGGCAGUGAGACAACUUAAAGCCAAAGGGUACUGUCGCUUACCACUUCAGGCUGAAAACCCGAUGGCUAAACAGCAGCAACACAUUCAGCACCAACAACAAAUCCAAAAACAGCAAAUUCAGCAGCAGCAACAGCAACAAAUUCAGCAACAACAGCUUCAACAGCAGCAACAGCAGCAGGUUUUGGAGAAUCUACAGCAGCAGCUGUUUCAGUCACAGAUUCAAAUGCAGUGCGGCAUGUUUCAGGAUGCCUCUCAGGGCAAGAACGCAGAGCAGCAGAGCUCGUCACAAGGGGUGGUGCCAAACCAGGGAACCCUUUUCCAGCAGGCUCAGCAACAGCAACAGCAGCAGCAGCAGCAACAGCAGCAACAGCAGCAACAAGCAGCUCUGUUUCAGCAGGCUAAUGACCUGCUCUCUAUUCAGACCAACUUCCUCCAGCAGACUCCCUCACACCCGUCACCACCAAUGUUCCACAAUCCCAGUUCUUUGGCUGAAACACAAGAUCCACAGGGGGCUCUGUUUCAUACUCAGAAAGCCUCUCGCGCUCAGGAGCAGGUCCAGGCCGCUCUCUUCCAAAACACCAUGACAGUACUACAGUCCCCAGACCAACAGCCCUCAACCCCAAGUCUUUUCCUCCCUCAGACAUCCCUGCCGUCUCAGCUUACGACCAGUAGUACUCAACAACAGCAGCAGCAGCAGCAGCAGCAACAGCAGCUGGCCUUUCUAAGUGCUCUACAGACCCCUGCCCCUGAACCUCAGUCAGUUUUUCAGGCUCAGACCCAGCUCUCUCCUAUUCAGCAGAGAAGUCCCAUGGAUCAGCAACAGCCUGCCCAGCCUCAGCCCCACACACAACCAGCUCAGCAGGCAUCUCUGUUUCAGAACAUCUCCCAACAUCCAUCUGCAAACACACUUUCUCCAGGCCAACAGCAGCAACAGCAGGCUGGCCUACUGUUCUGUAACAACCCCCUGUCUACUGCGGACCAGACCCCCAGUCUCCUGUUCAGCAGCCAGGGCCAGAUGCCUCCGUUGACCAGCAGCAGUCUAGUUUCCCAAGAGCCCCAAAACCCCUCUCUGCUUUUUUCCCAAGCCAGCAUGGUGACAGUGAACCAGCAGGAUCGCUCUGAGCCUAUGGCCUUAGGGAACCCCACAGAUCCACGCCAGCAAGUGCUGUUCCAGGACCAACAGCCGAUGCAACUUGGCAACAGCUCAAACAACCGGCAGGAGCAGCCUGUGGGCCUCUUCAUGCCUCAGUCUAACAUGGCCUCUCUGCAGGGGGGAUUGGCUCCUCCAGAGCUCACACAGUCAGCCAUGUUUGCCUCACAGAACGGUGUGGCGAACCUCCAGACGACCACCUCUUCACCUGUUCAGCAGCCAGGGACUCUGUUUCAGUCCGCUGUCAGUGGGACCAUCAAUCAGCCCAGCCAGCCUCAACAACCUGGUCUCUUUCUGUUUGGUAUUCAGAAUGAAUGUGGCCAGCUGAUGAACACUCCUGGAAACACGCUGUCGGAUCAGAUUAUAGCCAUCAGCCAGUCUGGUCAGAACCAAAGAGAGAGUGACGCACACAUCCAGUCACUGCUCAGUCAGUCGCUGUCACAGUCUGCGACUGUGCAGAACAGCAUAGCUGCCUCUCAGAACAUGGAGAAGAUUGAUGACCUGCUGGUCAGCUUGCAAGAGACGGGCAGCAACUUAACUCGUUCAUACUAACCUUCAUACAGGUUCACGGAUUUGUCUUUUAUUUUUUACUGGUAAUAUCUGGAAUCUUUGUAAAAUUUUGACAAAAAAGCGUUGAUAAUUAUACCGCACAUUACGUGCUUAUACCUGCUCACCAAAUGUUUCUCUGCCCUACUAACACGUAAUUUGGUCUCCUUCAGGACUGAGUAUUUAUUAGGAAAGAACAUUGAAGGUGAGAAAUGGCAUUUGGCCCUUUUUCUUCAGCUUUUCCUCUGGAAAGACAGUAACUUAGUGGCCUUGUUAUUCAUGUAACUUGUGAAGUUUUGUUCAUAUCUAUGUACAUAGAUGUCAGUGACGUUAUCUACAACAUCUUUCGGUUCCCGUGGUGUUUUCUUAAGUGUUCUCCAAAGUGUCUAGUGGUUUCCAUGAAUAGUGUUCCCUUUAAUAUGUCUGUUGUAUUUUUUUAUCAUGUUUCCUGGUUGCACAGAGGGUGGAGUGUGUGUUAUGGCAGAAAGGUUUGGACAGACUGCGGUAUGUAUAGUUGAAGGUAGCAUUGGGUUGAAUCUUUUUUCACAAGAUUUAACAGCGCAGAAAGUAUAUUGAGAUGAGAGAAGGUUAGAAGUAGAAAGUAGAAAGGGAGGUAUGUGGGUAUGUGGGUGCUUAUUAUUUCAAUAGUGUAGCAACUAGCUUGCCUCUGAUAAUAUAAAUAAAAUCACUCUAGCUGUCUCUUAUGGCCCACAGUGACUUUAGUUUUCAUUGAUCAAUACAAUAAUGUGAUGCAAGAAGAAACUUGGCUCAGUGGGUGUUUAACCUCAUAUUAUGGUUUUUGUUUGCCAUCUACAGCCCAGUUAAAUUAAGCUGGUCCCAGCUUGUUUGGUACAAUAAUACCUAUAAAAGAAGAUUUGUAGCUCAGCAGUGUCACCACCAGCUGUGCAUGAAACAUAUCACUCAAUAUUAGAUACUUUGCCAUCUCCACCACAGUGUACAAAAAGCUUUUUGUAAGCGAACGUGUUCAGACUAACAUUUAGUCUGUAUUCAUCCAAACCAAACUGUGUCAGUUUGCUACUUUUUAUAGUAGAUUCUCAUGUUAUACAUUACAAAGAGUUGAAUAUUUAGGAAAGUGUGAUGGUAGAAGUAUAAUAUUUCUUUUUUUUACAUGUAUAUUCAGCACUUUACAAUGCUGUUCUUUGUGACCACUUUACUCAGCGAGGGUACAGUACAGUCCCACAAGAGGUGCUGUUGUUUUCAGCAGCCUCUUCCUCAUUGUUUACAGUGAAGAAGAUACAUUUUUUUAAACACAUCAUGAAACACACCGAGCUGGGAGGAGCAUAGCACACAGAUCAGAAAUCAUUUUAGCUGUUUUUAUCUACUUGCAUGGCAACAUUUGUGUAGCAAAUUCACACAAAAGAAAAUGUCCACUGGACUCCUGUGUGAAGUCAGUGUCAUUAAAUACACUCAUUAAGUACACUAUUUCCUGUUGGUUGAAAACGUAGUUUUAUGGUCUGGAUUUUGUAAUAUAAUUACGCAUCUCAUUGCCAGCCAUGUUACUACUAUCAUCAUUAAUUCCUAAAACCAAAUAAUCACAUUAUUUAUUCCUGAAAAGCAGCUUAGAAAUUUGGACAAAUGAGAAAAAAAUGUGGCUGAAUACUUUUUUUUUUUUUUUUUUAAAGUCAGGCCUCAAAUUUUGUAACUUCAGUUGACGUGAAACUCUUAUUUAAGUACAUGCACCUAUAGUAGAAAUUGUAGAAUGUAAUAUAGUAUAUUAUUAUGUUUGUCAUAAGAUCAUUUUGUGUGUAAGUGUCAUUUUGAUGGCACCAUACUGCGUCAGGCACGCAUGAACUGGAAUAGUAUUCUUAGACCAGCUAGAAAGAGCCUUGUCACCAGUUUUAUUAAUGUGAUGGAUUUAGUGAAUGUUAAGGAGGAGCAAUAGCUUGUUGGCUAUAACUCUACUUCGUGCAUCUCAUCCAGGUCGGUAUUAACAUGCAGGAAUAGAGCCCAUUUUACAUGCUUUCUUGUACAUGCAAAUAUCUUUGUCUGCAGUUGGCCAGUGGCGGUCACCUCAGGACCAAAGUCUGACUCGGUUCUUGCUUUGCAUGCAUCCUGAUGACAGGCCAGUUUUAUGGCUCGUUAGCUUUUAUUGUCUUUUUUUCUGUCUUGCCAUUUUACAUUAAAGAAAACAUAGCUCACAGUAAAUAGCAAGACUAUUUUUUUUCCCUCUCUUAUUGUUGGCAUGACACCCUGCUGCCAUGUUUUUUUUUUUUUCCUUUCUGUAAUUUGUUGUAUUGUUUUGGUCAUGUUUAGUUUCACUGUAAAUGUAUGCGUGAACAAGGGGCUGGUCUCUGACAAAAGUGCUCAGUUUAAUGCCUCCAUUGUUGUCUUGUUUUAUCUGUACAGUUUAUUUGAAAUACAUAAUUCUUGAUACCUUUACAUUUUAUACACUUAAAAGAAAAAACAGGAACAGCUAUUGUGUUGUGAUGGAGAUUAUGUAAACUUGACUAAUGUGAUUUGUGGAGCUACGGUGUGUCAGUGUGAGCAGAGUGGUUUUUAAAGGGACCCUACUCCUGAAGGAAACCUGACUAUGGAGAAAAGAGCUAUCUGUGAUUGGCUUUCUUCAACUUGUGAAACAGAAGAACUAAGAUUUCCAGUGUUGAGUAUUUAUGAGUUUAUUUGUUUGUUUGUUUGUUUUAGAAAGACUUUAUCUUUUUUUUUUUUUUUUUAUCGGUGUAGUACCUGUGCUUCUUUUCGAAAAAGCAUGUCUAAUUUAUUUGUGUGUCGUUGGUUAUUAUCUAAACUGUAUCACGUGAUCAUAGUUGUGUUCAGAUCUUUCUACCUGUAUUUGAUGACGGCAGCGUGGUUUGGCGCCCACACCUGCUGAUACUGUAUCUGGCACCUUGUGAUGAUGGUGAUGAUGCCUUUUAAAUGAGAUAGUAAAGUGCUAUGUACACUAUGAAUGACAUGUACAUUCCUGUGCACAGUUACUCCUUUGUGAUUUUGGAAGGUGAAUGAAUAUACACUUUAAUGUACAUAUCAUGUUUUUGUUCAAGGCUUAUAAUUGGACUGCUGGCCCUGUAAGUCCUUUUUUUGACCAAACCGUUAACACCAGGGCAAAAUGGCACCAAAUUUCAACUACAAAAACAAAAAAUCCUUUCAAAUAGGACCAACAACUUUCAGUAUUUUAACUAUGAAUAUAGUACUGAAUGUGAUUGUACAGCAUGGCUGCAAACGUCUUGCUUAUAUUCAGAAUGUUUUAAUACACUCUGGGGAGGUAAUUACUUUUUAAAAUUACAGUUUCCUCAUUUGUGUAUUUACAAUGUAACUGGAGAUCAUAGACGUAUAAACGUGCGACUCAUACAGUUAUGGGAAAGAGGUAGAUUGUUGAUAAAAGUUCUCAUAUUUUUCUCAAGAUUCUAAACUUCUCUGUUUUCUCUGUUUCUACAAUAGAACAAUAUGGUUUUUUUUUGCCAUUAUCAGUUAAUUUAAUAUCAACAAACUGAGUCGAUCACAGUUAAUUUUUUUUCCCUAAAAUGUCACUUUAGACACUAGUAGAUAUUGUACAUGUGCCUGGAGAAAAUGUUGUAGUAGAGGCCAGAUUUAUGUUUUACGUUUUGAUGUUAGUCCUCGAUAACUAGAAUGUUGCAAGCCAUAAGACUUCACGUGUGCUUCUGAUGUUCUACAACAAUGACCAGAUAAACGUGGUUGUGGUUGAUAAAUGUGUUGUGCAAUUUCUGUCAUCUAACUUUGUUUGUACUGAAGUAUCCAUUGCAUUUAUGUUAUACAACGUAGAUGCAGACAAAUUUUCUCUGAAACUGCUAUGCAGCUAAUAUACUGUAAAUGUAGAUCUGUUAGUUUUUGAAUAUAUAUUUUUCUAUAUAGCCUCUCCCGUUUUCAACAUAAAGGAGAAACCAAAAUAGAUUUUCUUUCUAUUAUUUAUGUUGCUUGUUGAAAUAUUUUCUGAUGCUUUGAGUGCUGCCUACACUGAUUUUAAAUCUGUCUUUUAAUGCAAAUUUCCCUUUUCAGUAAUCAUCUCAGACAUGGAUUUUUUUUUUCUUUUGGGAGACAAGGGUCAAUAACAUCAGUCUUCUUUAUUCCCUUCUUGCUUGUAUGGUUUUUGUGGAAGUUUGCGUUACAUCCAGACUCACUGUUUACUGGAUCAGUGGUUCUUGAUCUUUCAGAUUUCUCUCAGGGCCUCUUAGUUACCAGGAUGCCACUUGGUUCUUUCAUGUGUUGUUUGUCAGACCAGUAAAAGUCAAUACACACCAGAUUCAUGUUUUUUCCCCUCUAAUUUAAGAACGAUAGAAUCCCAUAUUUUGCAACAACAACAACAACAACAAAAAAAUCAAUAUUCAUUGUAAUUUGUUCUGCGUCUGAUAUUAUUUCAUACCAAACUAAUUUGUUCACUCCACACUUCUGUGAUGUCUUCAAAGUGUCUUCACUCCCAACACAAGUGAACCACUCCUCUAGUAAACAGUGUUUCUGGUGCUGGAAAUAGGAAGGGGAAAUUUGCCUUUAUGUUUCUAACCAUGUGAACAACUGUCAAAUAAUCACCCUUUGGAAGAAAAAAACCCUCUAUGUAUUUGGCUUUUGUCGGGACAUUUUUAUUCUCUUGCAAUCUAAUUUCUGUAAACUUGCUGCUAUCUAUAUUAAACAUAUAUACUUUUAA